AAAAACCCUGAGAGCUAAGGUUGAGGAGCCACCGCCAUUUUCCCCUCCACAGGUACACGAGACAAUGCUUCAAACGCGAGGCUCCUUAUUCAAGUCUGCUUCGCCUCUGCGUCUUUACUCCUUUGUGGCGAAGUUGCAGUGCAGGGCACUUCAGUAUUACUCAGGACCAUCUGUGCAGUUGGGCAUUGUAGAUAUUUACAGAAAAUGGUCUCAAGUUAAGUUUAGAAAAGUUGGAGCAGUUUCCUUCGUCGUGGGUUACACAAAAGUUGGACCAAGUUUGCAGCUUUUCAGAACACUGCACGGAGGGUGGUGUAGGUAUGCAACUGCUACUAAAUCCAAUUUAAUUCCUGGGUUGUGGGGUUGUGAAGUGACAGGAAAUGUUUUUAGUUGUGAGUCUUUCAAGGGAUUUGGAUUGAGUUCCUCUUAUGUGUCCCUCUUUAAGCGUUGCUUUUCUGAAGUCUCGACGGUAGAAACUAAGAAGGCUAAUGCAGGUAUUGGAGAUGGAAUUGGUGGGGCAUGGUUUUGGAAGAAGAAGAAGAAGAAGAAGAAGGUAAAGGGAAUUGUGGCUCAUUGUAGUAAUAGAGAUGCUAAUCCUACUGCAUUGGCCUCCAAAGAUGUUUCCAAUGCAACAUCUAACAAGCAGACUGUCAAAGAAGGGAAGAAGGGUGCAGAAAGUGAAUCAACUGAUUUAACUUCACUGGUUAGCAAAGGUAACCAAGACUUGAAGGUUAAUCAAAAUCAGAAAAAGCUGUCAAAAAUUAAGAAAAAGAAGGAAAAGGUUUCUACUGUCAGUUCUCCAGAAGAAGCAGAUGUAGUUGAAGGUCCUAAAAGUAUUUCUCUGAGUAAAAUAUUUAAUAUCAGCAGAACUGCCCAGAAAAAUCCAUCUGGAAAAACACCUACAGAAGUGCUAGAUACUUCUACUUCAACAAUGUCUUGGUCCAAUAAGAUAAAUGGGCGAUCAAAUGGAAAGGUAAGACCAACCAAAACAGCCAUUGAGUCAUCUCAGGAACACAAACCAAAAGAUAUUGGAAAACAUAAACCUAUGAGGCAAAAGCCCUUCAAGCCGUUAUAUCCCCCCACUGGUAAGUCUGUUGUGGUGGUUGAGUCCAUUGCAAAGGCAAGGGUUAUUCAGGGCUACCUUGGUGAUAUGUUUGACGUUUUGCCUAGCUAUGGUCAUGUCAGGGACUUGGCUGCAAGAUCAGGAUCUGUGCGGCCUGAUGAUGACUUUAGCAUGGUUUGGGAGGUCCCAAGUGCUGCAUGGACUCAUCUUAAGACCAUUAAGGUUGCACUAAAUGGAGCCCAAAAUCUGAUUCUUGCAUCAGACCCUGAUCGGGAAGGUGAGGCAAUUGCCUGGCACAUCAUUGAGAUGUUACGGCAACAGGAUGCUUUAGAUGAAGAUAUUACCGUGGCGAGGGUGUUCUUUCAUGAAAUAACAGAAGCAUCCAUUAAAAGUGCUUUGCAAGCACCACGGGAAAUUGAUGCAAACUUGGUUCAUUCUUACCUUGCUAGACGUGCUCUUGAUUAUCUGAUUGGAUUUAACAUCUCACCAUUAUUAUGGAGGAAACUGCCUGGUUGCCAGUCAGCUGGACGGGUGCAAUCUGCUGCCUUGUCUCUUAUAUGUGACAGAGAGUUGGAAGUUGAUGAAUUUAAACCGCGGGAAUAUUGGACUAUAGAGGCUGUGUUAAAGACAAAACAACCUCAUUCUCUGGGGGAAGAUUUUUCUUUCCCUGCACACUUGACACAUAUUGAUUCAAAGAAGUUAAGUCAAUUCUCAAUUAGCUCAGAUGCAGAGGCAAAAGACAUUAAAGAGAAGAUUAAUUCAGCAAAUUUUCAAGUGGUUGCCUCUAAAAGAAACACCAUGCAAAGAAAUCCUCCCACACCAUAUAUAACAUCAACACUUCAGCAGGAUGCUGCAAACAAAUUUAACUUUUCUGCAGCAUACACAAUGAAGCUUGCACAAAAACUUUAUGAAGGGGUUCAAUUGUCAAAUGACAAGGCAAUGGGUUUAAUAACAUACAUCAGAACCGAUGGACUGCAUAUUUCUGAACAAGCUGUUAAGGACAUACGUUGCUUGGUCAUGGAAAGAUAUGGGUCAGAAUUUACUCCAGAAAAUGCACGGAAGUAUUUCAAGAAGGUAAAGAAUACUCAAGAAUCCCAUGAAGCAAUCAGACCCACAGACAUUCGAAGGUUACCAUCAAUGCUUGGUGAAAUACUUGAUGAAGACUGCUUGAAGUUGUAUUCGCUUAUCUGGUCAAGGACAAUGGCAUGCCAAAUGGAACCUGCAAGCAUAGAGCAGAUACAACUAGAUUUUGGGAAUGAUGACAGAUCCAUUGUUUUCCGAUCAUCAUGCCCAAGAUUAGGGUUUCUUGGAUACCAGGCAGUUUAUCAGGAUGUUGAAGCUGAAGCAAUCAGAGUUAAAGAUAAUGCAGGGAAUGAUAAUUCUGAAACUUUUGGAAUUCUUAAUUACCUGAAGCAAGGGGAUCAAGUUUAUUUUGGUGAAUUAGAACUCAAGCAGCAUCAUACUGAACCUCCACCACACUACUCUGAGGGAUCCUUGGUCAAGAAACUGGAGGAGCUUGGGAUUGGAAGACCUUCAACAUAUGCAACUACAUUGAAAGUUUUGCAGGAUAGAAAUUAUGUUACAGUGAAAAAUCAGGUUCUGCAUCCAGAUUUCCGUGGUCGCAUGGUUUCAGCAUUUCUCUCCCAUCAUUUCUCAGAGGUCACUGACUAUAGUUUUACUGCUGAUUUGGAGACUGAGCUUGAUAAUAUUUCUGCUGGAUUAACUGAAUGGAAAGGUCUGCUUAAAGAUUAUUGGACUCGAUUCAGGUCAUAUUGUAAUCGUGCUGAGAGCGUCCAUAUUCAUCAGGUGGAGAAAAUGUUAGAGAAAACAUUAGGAGAUUUCCUUUUUGCUUCUCUCCCUGAUAAAAGCAGGACAUGUCCAAGUUGUAUGGAAGGCACUUUGAUUUUCAAAGUAAGUAGGUUUGGUGCAGGCUAUUUCAUAGGAUGCAAUCAACACCCAAGGUGCAAGUAUAUUGCUAAGACAUUGUAUGGUGAUGAUGAAGACACAGAAACCCCUCGAAAGAGUAACAAUAUAGAGGAGCCAAAAUUGCUAGGUCUCCACCCAAGUUCCAAUGAAAAGGUCUUCUUAAAGAAUGGUCCUUAUGGACACUAUGUGCAGCUUGGUGAAGACAGGAUAGGAUAUUUGCCAAAAAGAUCCUCUGCCUCCCAUAUAAAAGAUGUUAAUUCAAUCACGCUUGAAGAUGCUCUUGAUUUGCUUCGUUACCCUGUGACAUUGGGAAACCAUCCAAAAGAUGGGCAGCCAGUGGUCCUGAAGCUUGCAAGGGUUGGAUUUUCUAUUCGCCAUCGACGUAACAUUGCUUCUGUUCCCAAGAAUAUGAAACCAAAUGAUAUCACUCUAGAGAAAGCAUUGAAGCUUUUGUCAGGUAAAGAUGUCAGACGAUCUGGCCGGCCUAAGGGCAAACCUAAGGAAGAAGCUUUAGAGGUGUAAUAGCCCUGGCAACCAUGAGAACAGCAAGCUUUUUCAACUCUGGAGAUUCUUUACAUAGCAGAUGAGGGAUGGCAAUGGAGUAUUUGACCCUACCUGUUACAAGUUUGGGACGAGUUCUUAGAAUUGGAGAAUCGACUCUACUUCAAAAUGAGCUUGAUAUUUGAGUGUAUAUAGGGAUGUUAUCAUGGAAGUAAAUUCCAAACCCAUCUAUGAUGUUCUAGUUAAUUUUUUUUUUUUUUUUUGAACGUAUUUUGCAAGGGCAGGUUUUGAACCCUGCCGGGGGAGGGGGAAUGCACCGUGGCUAUGCCACUAAGCCUCAAGGGCCAGUUAAUAGUGCAUAGGAUAUUAGUAAAUUGCAUAUUUAUAUUCUGGACUGGCUUAGAUAUCUACAUAUUUUUAUGGUACCUCAGUACCUAUCUUUUGGGGGAUGAUUGUAAAUAUGAUGAGGCUAGUAAAUAACAUAC